AUGGGGGGCUCCUCCGUGCGGAUGCUCCGGCUCCUGCUGGCGGGGCUCCUCGUUCUCUUCGCUCCGGGCCCCUCGGGGGCUCUGCCGGGCCGGCCUCCCCCUCUCCCUCUCCCCUUGGCGGCGUCCUUGCGGGAGUCUCUCCCCUUGCUGGGCUCCCGCCUCGGGUGGAGGAACCUGACCUGCCCGGCCUGCAAGGCCCUCUUCGCCGCCAUUGACCUCACCGUCCAGCUGGAGACGGGGGUGGAGCACAUCCGUCGGCUGGCGGUGGCCACCUGCGAGCGCUUGCGCCUGGCCCGCCCAGAAGUCUGCCAGGAGAUUGUGGGCCUCUUUGAGCAUGACCUACUCACCGCCUGGAUCCGCUCCAUCCUGCGCCCGGCCGAGAUCUGCGGCCUCCUCGUGGGCGCCGACUGCGGACACUGGGAUAUCUACUCCGACUGGAACGUCUCUCUGCCGGACACCCCGAAACCCCCCGUAAUUCCGCCACAGCCCCCUCCCCCUGGGGCCCCCUCCGCCAGGAUCCUCUUCUUGACCGACCUCCACUGGGACCGGGGCUACCUCCCGGGGAGCGACGCGACCUGCAAGGACCCCCUCUGCUGCCGGGGAGGGGGCAACAGCAGCGGGGGUCCCGAGGCCGGCUUCUGGGGGAGCUACAGCAACUGCGACCUGCCGUUGCACACGUUGGAGAACCUGCUGCAACACCUGAGCCGGGGAGGUCCUGAGACCGGGGGUCCCUUCGACCUGGUCUACUGGACGGGGGACAUCCCGGCCCACAAUGUCUGGGAGCAGAGCCGCGGGGACCAGCUGGAGGCACUGCGCACCGUCUCCGCCCUCGUCCGGAAAUAUCUGGGGCCAAUACCCGUCUACCCAGCCGUCGGCAACCAUGAGUCCGUGCCCGUCAACUCCUUCCCGCCGCCCUUCGUGCCGGGGAACCAAUCCUCCGCAUGGCUCUACGACGCCAUGGCUGAUGCGUGGGCACCUUGGUUGCCCCCGGAUGCCCUGGAGACCCUCAGGGUGGGGGGCUUCUACACGCUCCCGGUGCUCCCUGGCCUGCGCUUGGUCUCCCUCAACAUGAACUUCUGCUCCGAGGCCAACUUCUGGCUCCUCAUCAACGCCACCGAUCCGGCCGGGCAGCUCCAGUGGCUGGUGGGUGUCCUGCAGAAAGCCGAGGAGAGCGGAGAGAAGGUCCACAUCAUUGGCCACAUCCCCCCUGCCCACUGCCUGCGCUGCUGGAGCUGGAACUACUACCGCAUCAUCAACAGGUUCGAGAGCACGGUGGCCGGUCAGUUCUUUGGCCACACGCACGUGGAUGAGUUUGAGAUGUUCUACGACGAGGAGACCCUCUCCCGCCCGGUGGGCAUCGCCUUCGUGGCCCCCAGCGUCACCACCUUCAUCGCCCUCAACCCAGGCUACCGCGUCUACCAGGUGGACGGCCCCUACCCAGGUGGCUCCUUCUUAGUGUUGGACCACGAGACCUUCAUCCUGAACCUGACGGAGGCCAACGUCCCGGGGUCGCGGCCGGAGUGGCGCAGGUUCUAUGGGGCCCGGGAGGCCUACGGCCUGCACACCGCCUUCCCGUCCGAGUGGGACCAGCUGCUGAAGCGCUUUGAGGUGGAGGAGCCACUCUUCCGGCGCUUCUGGUUCCUGAUGUAUAAGGGUCACCCACCCCGGGAACCCUGCGAGGCGCCCUGCAAGGCGGCCCUGCUCUGCGCCCUCCGCACCGGCCGCGCCGACGACCCCCAGCUCUGCCCCACGCAGGUCCAGGCGCUCCCCUUCCCCCAGAUCCAGGCACUCUGGCGGCGCAAGCGCUUCUGCUAGCCUCGCCGGGCACGGACCCUGUCUAUCCACAGAAGAGGAGGAGGAGGAGGGACUCCUGUGAUGCUUUGCUGGACCUCAAGUCACUCUCUUCUGGACCUCAAU